ACCCGCUGUCCAAAGUCUGUUACAUUGUGUUCCUUAACGUAGGUUCGAGGUUAGGGGUCAUUGGUGAAUUUUGACCUAUUACUUGAUCACAUGGAUGUCCCGAUUUGCUUCUAGGAGAAUCCAUUUCUUAUCCACGACUAGUUCAUUUAGUUGAUCUGUUAAAUAUCAAUUUGUGUUGACUGUUAAUCAUAUAAAUUAUCUAGUUCACAUAAACCAACUGUUAAAAUCUUACAGAGUUGGUGGAUUGUGACGAUAAAAUGGUUGAAUCAACCGGAUAAAAGUAACAAUUGUCGAUAAUACUUAAAGAAAAAUGGCUGAGUUACUGUCUGUUCAUGUUCAUUUACCAUCGCAUCUGAGCAAAGCUCAGAAUGACGGACCAAAGAAAGUUAUGUUUAGUGAUUCGGAAAGUGAUAUAGAAGCACACAAUGAUAUAAGUGUGGUCAGUAAAGAAACAAAAGGUUCAUUUUCUCAUCUACCUUAUCGUAGACCUGUGGAUAUACAGUUCAAGGAACUAGCGUAUAUAGUCAAGGAUUCCCACUCAAAAGAGACCAAAACCAUAUUAAAGCACAUCUCUGGGAAUUUUAAGCCAGGACAUCUAACAGCUAUAAUGGGCCCUUCAGGAGCUGGUAAAUCUUCAUUAAUGAACAUACUAGCUGGCUACAGAACAAAGAAUAUAUCUGGAGAGAUAUUAGUCCGUGGAAGGGAAAGAGAUCUCCGUAGUUUCCGGAAGAUGUCUUGUUACAUCAUGCAGGAUGAUCAUCUUCUACCUCAUCUUUCUAUAGAAGAAUCAAUGAUGUGUUCAGCUAAUUUAAAAUUAGAUGAAAAAUUAACAACAGCAGAAAAGGCUGGAAUGGUUGACGAAAUAUUAGAUACCCUUGGAUUAACAGAAGCCAAGAAAACUAGAACCAUUAAUUUAUCUGGUGGACAGAGAAAACGACUUUCUAUAGCCCUAGAGUUGGUUAAUAAUCCACCAAUAAUGUUCUUCGAUGAACCUACUAGUGGUCUAGACAGUGCUUCAUGUUUCCAGUGUGUAUCUUUAUUAAAGACUUUAGCCGCUGGUGGAAGAACAAUUAUAUGUACUAUACAUCAACCUAGCGCUAAAUUAUUUGAAAUGUUUGAUCACUUAUAUAUGUUAGCAGAAGGACAGUGUAUCUACCGUGGCAGUAUAGCUGCUUUAUUACCAUAUUUUGAGGCUCAAGGUUUCAAAUGUCCAAAUUACCACAAUCCAGCUGAUUAUGCAAUGGAGGUCGCAGUUGGUGAAUAUGGUCUUGAAAAAGUCCAAAGACUUAUUAUGGCGGUUAAGUCAGGAAGAUGUGAUCCCUUUCAGGAGGAAUUUAGACGUAAACAUUCUUUGUCAUCUAGAGCCUCAUCUUGUGCAUCAACGCCUUCAGAACCAUCAGUAUCAUUAGAAGAUCCUACCAUGCAGGGCAUACACAAAAUAUUUGAAGAGAAGAAGAGUUUAAUGGAGUUUGAAAAUGGCGGCCCUAUUGUGUCUGCUAAUGGUCAACUACCAGUGAAAAGUAAUGGAAAAUAUAAUGGAAUGUAUUGUUUCCCCAUGGUACCAAAAACUGAGCAAACAGAAUCAUCUGAGGAUUUACCAUUGGAUCAAGAAUGUCACACGUUUAAUACAAGUUGUUUUACACAGUUUCGUAUUCUUUUUGUCAGGACGUUUAUGUCUAUAAUGAGAGAUGCGACGUUAACCAGAUUGCGACUGAUAUCACAUCUAACUGUUGGUAUAUUGAUAGGAUUACUAUAUUUGGGUAUUGGAAAUGAAGCUAGUAAAGUAUUUAAUAAUGCUGGAUGUUUGUUUUUCUGUAUGUUGUUUCUCAUGUUUACAGCCUUGAUGCCAACCGUUCUUACAUUUCCUAUUGAAAUGUCUGUAUUUGUUCGAGAACAUUUGAAUUAUUGGUAUAGCCUGAAGGCGUAUUAUCUGGCAAAAACAAUGGCAGACAUGCCAUUUCAGAUAAUAUUUCCAAUAGUGUAUGGGAGUAUAGUGUACUGGAUGACAUCACAACCAAAUGAUUUUAUACGAUUUGUGAUGUUUUUAACGUUGGCUACACAGACAUCACUAGUUGCCCAAUCACUAGGGUUAUUAAUAGGGGCAGCAACAUCACUACAGGUUGCUGUAUUUUUGGGACCAGUAACAGCCAUUCCUAUUCUCUUGUUCAGUGGUUUCUUUGUUAAUUUUGAUACAAUUCCCCCAUACUUACAAUGGCUGUCAUAUAUGUCCUAUAUUCGAUACUCAUUUGAAGGAGUGUUGCAGGCUAUUUAUGGCUUCGAUAGAGGUGCUUUAGACUGUGAUGAAAAAAUUUGCAUUUUCAAAAAAGCUUCAGACGUUUUGAAACAAAUGGAUGUUGAGCAUGCCGAAUUUUGGAUCGAUUUCAUUGUUUUGUGUAUAUUUUUUGUGAUUUUGAGAAUUGGAUGUUAUUUUGUUUUGCGAUGGAAAGUCAAAGCUCAACGAUAAAACAAGAAUUAAAGAUGUUUUGAAGCGUUAAAAGACAUGGAGUUGAGUAUCCAUGACAACCAAGUAUUAUGUGAGAUUAAAGAAAUUCACAAUAGCACAAUGAAAGGAUUUACAUGUUAGUCCAAAUGAUCUGAUAAAUUAAAGGACUUGAUUAACUUCUGUAAACAGAAUUGAAAUAUUUUGUAUAUAAAAUAAGUAUAGGCUAUUG